AUGCAGCCAGCCCUGGUCAAGUCGUUGCUUAUCACCUCAUUCCUAUGGCAGAGCUUGGUGUCUGCUCAGCAGACAUGCGAGGGAGCGUUGACUCCUAGCUAUGUCGCUCCAGCUGUGGCGGAUGGAUAUACUGCAAGACUCAUUGCCGACAGCCUCACGGAGCCUCGCAGUAUCAAAUUUGAUAGCCAGGGUGCUUUGCUUGUGGUCCAGCAGAAUGUUGGCAUUUCUGUUCACACGCUGGUCGACGGUGAGAAUGAUUGCUUGAGCAUAGGAAGCAGCAAGUGGCUGGUGAACAAUACGCUCUUGAACCAUGGUAUCGAGCUUUCCGAGGAUGACACAACGCUUUACGCCUCCACGCAAACAGCUCUCUACUCGUGGGACUACGAUGCUGAGAUGCAGACCGUCUCUUCCGUGAAUCGGACCCUUGUCACUGGUAUGACUGGCACAAACCACCAAACUCGUACACUACUACUCCCGAAAUCCGCUCCAAAUCUCAUCCUCAUCAGCCGUGGGUCGAAGGGAAAUCUUGACUACGAAACAGUCAACGUCGACUCCGGUGUCUCUCAGAUCAAAGCCUUCGAUAUGACCAACAUGACCGAGCCCUAUGACUACGUCCAAGACGGUCUCGUCGUAGGCUGGGGUCUCCGCAACAGUGUCGGCGUUGCCGAGCAUCCCGUCGACUACGGCAUCUGGUCUGUUGAGAACUCUGCCGACGAAUUGGAGCGAUCAGGCGAGACCGUCUCCCGCGAUAACCCGGCCGAAGAAAUGAACUUCCAUGGCUUCCUGAACGGCACCGAGUCUCCCGACUUUGGCCAGAAUUUCGGCUACCCUACCUGUUUCGCCGCCGGUGCUCCCUCUGCGCUUCCCGACUUCGAUGGCCAAGUCGGUGACUCGUUCGUCAUCGGUAGCUUGAACGACACCAACAGCGAUGACAGUUGCACAAACCAAAAACCACGACUGUCUUUCCAAGCGCACUCUGCUCCGUUGGACAUCAAGUUCAACAACGCCGGUACCGCCGCCUGGAUGACCUUCCACGGUAGCUGGAAUAGAGACGACCCUACGGGCUACUCUCUCGUCGUAGUUGAAUUCGCGAACGGGCAACCCGUGGAAAGCAGCACCAGCACUACCGCAGCACGAAGUGUCGUCUUCACUGAGGAUUUGAGCCCCUGUAACGGCGGAGACGGUACUUGCAUCCGACCUGUAGGACUGGCAUGGGACUCUAAGGGCCGUCUUUUCAUGACGAGCGAUGGCACGGGCGAGCUGUGGGUGAUCACUCGCACGGACGGCGUCGGAGAUAGCCUGCGCGAGCCGCCGCGAUCUUGGCCAACUUGA